UCAGAAAAAGACAGAAGGAGAAAAGAGAGCGAGCAUGCUGUGGGGGCUGCACAUCAGCUUGAAGGCUAUAAAAUAUCCCCCCUUAUUCACAGCUUGCUAGUUGUAAAGGACAAAGGCUCACAGUACAGAUCAGCUAUUCUUUACUGUCCCCAUUCUGGAGAGCUACAGAUUUUAUGGAAACCCUGAGUCAGCACCUGGAAUACCUUGGGCUCUGUGGAGAUGACACAGAGGCUGAAGACCAGAUCCUUGAAAGCCUGAAUGGGAUUCUCUUGGCUCUUACUGAAGAUAAGCACAGAUCCUUCAGCCUACUCAGAGAGAGUGGGAUCUUCCUGACUUUGGCAAAAAUCCUGAAGGGCAAUCCACGAUGUGCAGUGAAAGCAGCCCAGGUGCUUUCAGAGAUAGCCAAGAAUGAGGAAAUGAAGAAACCAUGUAUUGAAGCAGAUUUGGUUCUAACUUUGUUACCUUUGCUGGAGAGCACAGACCAAGAAAUGUUGCUUCAUGCUGGGAGGGCUAUUGGCCGUAUCUGUUAUGAUAAUCGGGAUCUUCAGGAAGAGCUGGUGAAGGUAGGAGUAAUCACAUCCCUAGUCCGAAUAUUAACCGAUUAUGCUGAGAGUGAACCACUUGUCCAUGUUGAUCUAUUGGCCUUAUGCAAUCUUGCAGACUUUGAUACAGCCAAGGAAGCCCUAAGCAAGACAAAGGUUGCUGAACAGCUGGUGAAACAACUGAGAAGAGCAGAGAAUCAUGAGAGGUUAGAAAUUGUCUUUGAGAUCCUGCAAGCACUUGCAGAAAAUGAUGCUCUGAAAGUGCAGUUGGUGGAGGCAGGCGUGCAAGAGGUGCUGUCCGAGAUCCUGCUGAGGCUCCAGGGUAGUUCACAAGCUGAAGAUACAUGCAUUGUGAAGGCUGCAUCGGAUCUCAUUGUCUCUCUGCUUCUUGGAGAUGGCAACUGUGUACGAAUGGUACAGCUGGGAGUCAUACAUCAGCUCCUGGAUCUUUUGGAGAAACAUGUAGAGAGUGGGGACAUCUCUGUUCAACAUGCUGCACUCAGUGCACUCCGAAACCUUGCGAUACCAGUUGUUAACAAGGUUCAAAUGUUGGAGGAAGGCGUGGCAGAACGGAUUCAAGCACUUCUAAGGUCAGAGAUGCCUCCUGUGCAGUUUAAACUUCUUGGAACACUACGGAUGUUAGCAGAUGGUCAAGCUGAUGCAGCUGAAAUCUUGGGCCAAGACCCCAUGCUGCUCAACAGACUUGUGCAGUGGUGCCAUGCCAAUGACCACACCGGUGUUCGUGGAGAAGCAAAUCGGCUGCUAGCAUCAAUCUUGCGUCACAACAGAUCCCAAGAAGUGGUCAAAGCCAUCCAGGAGGCACAAGCAGUGAAGCACCUGGUUUCCAUGACAACAAGCAAGCAUGCUGCCAUGCAGAAUGAGGCUCUGAAUGCCUUGAAAAUAGCAUCUGCAAUCGAUUUAGGAACCCUUGAAGAAUCUUUUAAGGAAACACAGCUAGUUCAAAGCUUACACAAACUUCUACAAGAUGAUAAUACAAGUCCUGAUGUGAAAUAUAAUUCAAUGGGCCUUUUGUGCCAUCUUCUUAAUUCAGGUGAUCUGAGACAAGAAAUAGAAGAGGACAAGAUUAAAGAAACCCUUGAACAACUCUGCAGUCACAGCAAUGCAAAUGUGGUCAAGGGAGCCAUCACAACAUUACAGGUUUUGAGAGGAGAAACAUCCACUAGCCUCCCUUCUUCCCCAGAGCAACCCUGCACUGCUCCUGAGGCAAAGCAGUGAAACACCAGCUUUCCCAACCCUACCUCACAUUUGUCAUGCUGCCACAAAACCAACACUACUAAAGCUCAGGUACAGCUCCUGUUUUCAAAGCUGUACAUACAGGAAAAAAAAAAAAAAAAACAAAAACAAAAAAAAAACACCAACUCAUUUGCUCACCUACUUAGCCUACAAAUACUUGCAUCACUGCUGCUCUUCACUGAGCUACUAACACACAGCAAUAGGAAUGAGGCCUAUCAAGAAGUCGUUUUUGAAAUUACAAAAGUAAUUUCCUACCUGAUGCUUCUCAUACAUUUUAAGCUGCUUGGUUUUGUCAAAUCAAGAUAUAACUUGCAACUUUUUCUUGCAUCAAUGGGACUUUAAAAUCAUUUAAAAAAAUCUCAAGCUUGUAUCAUGCAACUUAAACCAAUGGGAUUUUAGAUUUAGAUGAGAGCUGUAGCUUAAUGCAAAGGGCUAAUUGGCAACAGUUCAACCUCUGCGCACUGUGAAUCAACCUGUGAGCCCAGUUGUUAACUGUGCAAGUUAAAACCACCACAAAACUGUACCUUUAAACCAAGUCCUCCUUCAAUUUAGAAUCUGAAAGCUCAUGGGAGUUUUUACCUGCUAGCGUCACAAGCUAUAUUCCUAAGUAUCUGAAGUCAUGGUCUUGUCCUAAUUUCAGAGUUGCAGCUAUUGUAACCUGGAAUGAGACCCAGUAGAAGCAAAGUUUACCAUAAACUGCACUCAAUGUCCAUACAGUGCUCAGACAAAAAACAAACUAAAGCUAAUUGGGAAUUACAAGUGGGCAGGUGUGAAGAUUUGGAGGCAGCUGGCAUUUCAUUAAGUUAUCUCCAGUAAGAGAACCUGGCUUUAACUUUAGAUAGCGAAAAAUUGUAGUAAAACAAGUGUCUCAACAUUUCUACAGAAACCUUUCACAUUUAAAAAUGGUCACUUGGUACAAAAGGUAACAGGAUCUAUCGCACAACUUGUUCUUAUGGGAACAUUGUGAACCAGUUGCAGGUAUGUUGCAGAGUUGCAGUGCCAAGACCUAGGAGAUCAAAUUCAAACCCUCUAGCGGUAGAUACUGAAUAGCUAGAGAACAGUGACUUUUUUAGCCAUCAGUAAAAGUUACUGUGAAACACCAUGGGAAAUUACUGACCUUUACAAAACUGUUGUAAAGCAGAGAAUAUUCAAAAGUCAACAAGGCCUCCUGUUCUCAAGCAUUUUGAGUAUAACUGGCUUAUGUCUGCAAACAAACAUUACAACUUUGUUCCUGCAAAAGCUUUCCCAUUUGCAAAACUUGUUACCGCUAUUUAGCCCACUAUAUUUACCAUCAAAUAGCACUUUCAGAAGUAAGAGAAGUAGGAGAACAGAAAAACAAGAGCUGAACCAUGUGCAGUUUCCUCUGGCUUAAAACACACAGUGAUAUGGGCAUCCUACACAUUCCCAACGUCAAAAUGAGAAAUAGCUUCAGACAAUUUCAAUUUCAGAAUAAGAUCUGGGGAUGUGCCCAAACCAGGCAUUAGUAUAAGAUAUAUAAAGGUCUAUUACAAGUUAUACACACACACACACACACCAAACAACCACAUUCAAGUUAAGUCACUCUUAUGAGAAAUGAUCCAGCCUUAACUUUCUACAGUGUCUAAUUCUAGAUAUUUCAUUAUUCCAAUAUAGCCAUUAUCUAUUGGUUAAAUGUUUCUCUGACCUUAUUAAAACUAAAAUCAAGUUUUAAUGCAUUAAAGAAACAUUAAAAUGGUCAAAGCAGCAGACACAAGGCUAUUUCUGUAAGUCUCAUCUUGAAACCUGUAAGUUACUUUCCUUCUGCACUCUUAAGAGUAGUUGUAGGAACAUUGCUCAGACACGACAAACCAUAAACUGUGCAAAUCACAAAAGUGAUAAAUCUGUGGAUAAUGGCAGUCAAAGUGCAAACAAAAGUUUUAACUUUUUGGGUGUCCAGAGAUUUAAUAAUUUCUCUACACCAUUCUGCAACUCUUUACUUGUUCAUGGCUUUCCAUUAACAAUGGAGAGAAAAACCAGUGUUAUCUAUUAUUCAGCAGCUCAGACUGAAAACAAAAAAAUCAAGAAUUAUUUUCAGCAAAAUAUACACAUGAACACCAGCAGAGCUUUACCAUUUUUGUAGUUAAUCAACAAAGUGCAGUCUCAGUGGGCAGUCUAAACCUCAGAGAGGGAAAUACUGGCAACUGGAAGCAACAAACCUUAGAAAUCAGACUCCACGAGUACAAAACAUUAGAUUUUAUUUAAUCAAAUGUAAGGCUUGAGAAAAAAAAAUAUACUGAAAGUCACUGAGAAAAGCCAUCUCAGACAAAGAGACAGAAUGCUCCCCUUCCACUGCCUAAACAACAUUCAAGCUGCGUGAUAACCCACAGGUGGUAGGGGGAAGGAAGAGCAAAGGAUGGAAUGGGGAGUCAAAACCCAAGGCAAUUCUACAUACAAGCCAAUUGCCACAUCAGCUUUAAUGGACUGGAGGAGGUACAAGUCUAUCCACGUGGCACUGUAUGAGGGUCCCCAAACUAAAGACCCCUUGGGAAGAAAUAUUAAGGUUUUCAGGAGGCAACUGUAGCUCCUUUGGUCACUGCACUUUUUUCAGUGCUUAUACUCAUCCUCCUCUUCACAUACACGGAAAAUGUCCAAAUACAGGUAUAUUUAUAGAAACAAAAGGGCAGUUGCACUGUCAAGCAUACUGACAAAUAAAUACAUUGCUUCACAGAAAUAAAUUGUGCUCAUUUCCAAGAAAUAAAAGUGAUCACACUGAAGUUUCCUUCUCUCAGUCUAGUUAUUCAAGUCCAAUCUCAUAUUUGACAUCUUCAGUAAAAAACUUAUUUCCAUUGUAGUGUUUGUGGAGUUGUUCCAAAUGCAACCACUGAAAUCUCAACAUCAACAAUUUACCAAACCUCUCUGCGAGAUCAUUGAAUUGCUUCUCCUUCAAAGCUUUAGAGGCAGGUUCACACCCAACUGCUUUUGCUGACAAGACUUUCAUAAACCACAACCUAAACCUUUAGCCAUGAAGUCACUGCAGGUCCACAGAGAAGGUCCUAAGUAUAAUUAAGUAGAAAGUGGUAAGAAAGUAUUCCCAUUCCAAGUCUGGAAUUACACUACCUAUGUGUACAAUCAAUGGAGAUGCACUUCAGAAUGUCUUAGUGUAAACCAGCCUAGAGCCCCAGGGUUUUAAAAGUGAUACUGAAUAACCACAGAGAAGUUUAUACACAGUGAAAACAAAUCACUCCAUGAAUUCAAAGAUCCUCAAACAGGUUGGUUGAACUUGCUUUCCUGAAUCCAGUUCCAAACAACUGGAUCACUGAUACAAAGCUAGUGUUAAUAUGGUCAAAGCCAAUAAGAACAAAUUGUGGAAAGACAACAUUUCAAUUAAAUUAUAUUUUGCAUACAAACAGCACUUCAAAAAGAAACCAAGUACUCAUUUGUCUUCAGGCAACUUGGCAAGAUCUGUAGACACUGGAAUCCUGAACCAUGAUACUGGCUCUUGUCAGCUGCUAAUUUCAGUGCAUGAACUCCACAGAUAUCUUUGACACCAUGAUGACUUUCACCAACUGCUGAAAUUACUUCCCAGCAUUAGGAGCUUUCUGUGGCAUAGGGAAAUGUAUUCCCUAAAUGCAAUUUUCCAUGCAAUGUUUUACAAAUAAAAAGUUACAAAUAGAAAGCAUCCUUCUCCAAUUUUACAUACACCAGAUUAUCACCCAUAACGUUAACAGAGUAAACUGGUUCAUGAGGCAGUGUAAAGUUUCAAGCAUCAGAGUUUAAACAAAGGUUGCUAGACACUGCUUUGCUGCUUGCAAACUAGCAGCCACAGCAGCAAAUUUCUGGCUGCCUCUAAUGGACUAGAAUCAACAUAUAAAGUAAUACAGACCUCAAAUUCAAAGCUUUAUAGAGAAAUGCCUCUCGCUCUCUCCUCAGUGAUCUACUGCUAUUGUUUCCUUGUUGUAUAUCAAAGCUAAAAAUAAUAAUAAUAA